AUAAAUGCGCACAAAUGAAUAUAUGAUCGCCAGUGUUCCCAUUUCCACACAGUAUACUAACAGCUUGAAAAAAAAAAAUGCAAGUGGGUACUUUUCUUCUCAUUUCUGCAGCAAUGAGUCAAACUCCCUUUGAUACCUUCUUUGCUUUGCUUUUAAACUUUACAGUACACUUGGUGGUUGACUAGUGUGUGUGUGUCUCCCUGAAUUUGAUGCUCUCUCUCUCUUUUCAGUUCCAUACACCAAAGGGUUGGCAAUCUGGCACUGUGUUAGGUGGAAGGGAAGGGGCUAUUUUGAAUUUUCCCAGCAAAGCUCUAACCUUUUCGCGUUCUUGCUCGUCUUCUUGGGGUUGUAAGAAGGCCAGAACCGGAAUCUUUUGUUUUGAGGGAGACUGAAACUGUAAUGUAUAGUUUGCCUUAUUGGGACUACCCCUUGGCCCCUUAGGUAACCCCUGUGAUUGGUUCAGACUCAGAGAUCAAGAUUGGGAUGUGGGUCUUUCUGGUUUGAUGAAAUUGAUGGAAAUCCAUUGAAAGUGAUUGUGUUUGGUCAGUUCUUUGAACUUGGGUAUUAUUUUUAGGAUUGAAAAGGUUUUGUUUUUUGGGCUUUGGGGUUUUGCUUUUCAGUUUUCACUCGGCCUUGAUUGUAUGGGUUGUGCUGCACUUUUUAAAAGUUUUUUUGCUAAUGAUUUUCUCUAUUUUGUUUAGAAACAUAGGAAUCUUGGAGAAGAAACAGGCACUGUUUCUGUAAAUUGUUGGUGAUUGUGCUUAGGGAGACAAUAUAAUAUAGGGAGGAGGGGAAAUUUAGGGUGUGUUCAAAUUUUGAAAUGUUAGAUCUUGAGGUAUUAAUUAGAUCUAUACCCGUGACAGAUCAUUUAUAUUAAUUUUUUAUUGUGGUUGAUUUACCUGAUAUACAAAAUAGAGAAGAUGGUAUCUGAUGGGAGUAAUGGCAGAGGUUUUGGGUGUAUGUAAGAGGGAAUGAAGGAUUAGUGGAUUACUCUCUUUUGAAUUUUGGUGGAUUGAAGCUUUUUUAUGUGGAUGGACUGAGACAAUAAGACAAUAAGACAAUAAUCUGCAAUGUUGAGGUGGUUGUUUCUUGCAUUGUUUAUCGCUUCGGUUUUCGUUUCUGUGUCAGCUAUUGAUUGCCACUGUGAUGAGGAAGGAGUUUGGGGAAUAGAGAGCAUUCUAGAAUGCCAGAAAGUGAGUGAUUUCUUGAUUGCAGUUGCUUAUUUUUCGAUUCCUCUCGAGUUGCUGUACUUCAUUAGCUGCGCUAACAUUCCUUUCAAAUGGGUUCUGGUUCAAUUCAUAGUGUUCAUAGUGCUGUGUGGAUUGACCCAUUUGCUCAAUGGAUGGACUUUCAGUGCCCAACCUUCCUUCCAGUUGAUAGUGUCUUUGACGGUUGUGAAAAUCCUGACUGCGCUCGUCUCGUGUGCAACCGCAAUCACCCUGUUGACAUUGUUCCCUCUUAUUCUCAAGAUCAAAGUGAGGGAGAUCUUCUUGAGGCAGAAUGUUUUGGAGCUGGAUCAAGAGGUUGAUAUGAUGAAGAGACAGAAGGAAGCGAGCUUGCACGUUCGUAUGCUAACACGAGAAAUUAGAAAGUCGAUUGAUAAGCACACGAUAUUGUACACUACUCUGGUUGAGCUUUCGAAAACUUUGAAUCUUCAGAAUUGUGCGGUUUGGAUGCCAAACGAGAAGGGAGCGGAGAUAAACCUGACCCACGAGCUGAACCCCGGUGCAGCAGCUCGAAAAAAGUGUUCCCUUUCGAUUAAUGAUCGAGAUGUGCUAGAGAUAAAAAAGAUCAAAGGGGUGAGGAUUCUGAGGCAAGAUUCAGUUCUUGCAGCAGCAAGCAGUGGCGGGACUGGUGAACCGGGUGCUGUUGCAGCUAUUCGGAUGCCAUUGCUGCAAGUUUCAAACUUCAAAGGUGGAACGCCCGAGAUUUUUAGCCCUCGUUAUGCCAUUUUAGUCUUGGUUCUCCCGAGUACUAGUGAUCAUAGUGUUUGGGGCAAUAACGAGAUGGAGAUAGUGGAAGUGGUGGCUGAUCAGGUGGCUGUGGCUUUAUCCCACGCCACCGUGCUCGAAGAGUCUCAAUCAAUGAGGGAGAAGUUGAAAGAGAGGAACCAUGUGUUACAGCGGGCGAAAGAGGAUGCCAUGAAGGCUAGCCACGCUAGGGAUUCUUUUCAAAAAGUGAUGAAUAACGGGAUGAGGCGGCCAAUGCACUCAAUUCUAGGCUUGCUUUCCAUAUUACAAGACGACAAUAUAAACCCCGAGCAGAGAAUUAUCGUCGACACAAUGGUAAAAGCCAGCACUGUUCUCUCAACUUUAAUGAGCGAUGCAAUGGAGAUAACCGCCAAGCACAAUGGGAAAUUCCUCGUCGAAAUUAGGCUCUUUCACCUACAUUCAUUGAUCAUGGAAGCAUCUUCCAUUGUGAAGUGCAUGUCCGUUUACAAGGGCUUUGGCUUUUUGGCAGAUAUCCCAAAUUCUUUGCCCAAUCAGGUGAUGGGCGACGAGAAGAGAACAUUUCAGGUCUUGUUGCAUAUGGUUGGACACUUGCUAAAUGUCAGCGAUGGAAAGGGCUCUGUCAUAUUCAGGGUGGUUCAAGAAAGCGGAACCGAGGAAGGAAAUAAUAAAGUUUGGAAUACGAGAAAACCUAGCCCAGCUGAUGAUUGGGUAACAAUUAAAUUCGAAAUUGAAGUCAGCGUUGAAGGAUCUCGACCAGACAGCUCAGUUUCGACAAUUCAUUUCGGUGCUGGCAGGCAUAACUGCAAAGAUGUAAAGAAGGGCUUGAGCUUCAAUAUUUGCAAAAAGCUGGUGCAGAUGAUGCAAGGAAAUAUAUGGAUGUCGUCGGAUUCUCAGGGUCGGGCGCAAAGCAUGACACUGAUUCUCAGAUUUCAGAAGCAGUCGUCUUAUAGAAGGCGUGUCUUUGAGUUUAAAAAUCCCCGGGAGAAACAGCUUUCGAGCUCUACGCUUGAGGGGAUUCAGGUGCUCCUGGCAGACGAUGACGACGUGAAUAGAAUGGUGACUAAGAAGCUGCUCGGGAAGCUAGGCUGCGAGGUGUUUGCUGUCUCGACUGGUUUUCAAUGCUUAAGUGCCCUAGCGCCCUCGGGGGCCUCUUUCCAAGUCAUCAUCCUGGAUCUUCACAUGCCUGAAAUGGAUGGAUUUGAAGUGGCAACGAGGGUUCGGAACAGCUUCCGGGGCCGGGGUAGUCGCCCCUUGAUCAUAGCCCUGACAGCAAGCUCAGAGGAACAUAUGUGGGAGAAAUGUAACCAAGUGGGGAUGAAUGGUCUCAUACAAAAACCUGUCCUCCUUCAAAGACUAGCAGAUGAGCUGCAGAGAGUCCUACAUUCUGCCCGUGAAGGCCCGUGAAGACAAGAAGACGAACCUGAGGGCGUUACACUUCCCGUUAGACCUCAGAGCACCUUAGACGUACCCUUAAACGCCUUCGUUGUUCCCAUAAACGCUACGACGAUCCUACAUCCAAGCCAGCAAAUGCUCAAUUGGUGAAGUUCUACACAUCCAAUUUUAUGUUGGGUUGCAGUCUGGUUGGCUUAUUAUGUAAGAUUACUAUCAAAUAGUGGCAUCAUAUCAUUCUUUCUUCUUUGGAAACAAAUGAAGGAAUAGAAACUAAUGAAUAGUCAGUCCUUGCAUCCAAUUGCAGUUCUGAAAUUUUAUCUCAUCCUUUAGACAAUCUUGAAUAUAUUUUUCUGCAAACUUGCAUUCUGAAA